GUGUGUGUACACCGAUCGAGCAGCACCCAUCAACAUGCCGUCCAGGUUAGGCUACUGGAAGAUUCGAGGGCUUGCCCAGCCUAUCAGGUUUUUGCUGACUUAUGCUGGUGAAGACUUUGAAGACAUUUUAUAUGAGCAAGGAGAUGGUCCAGAAUUCAGCAGAGAUGCCUGGUACAGUGUCAAAGAGUCCAUAGGACUUCAUUUUCCAAAUCUGCCUUAUUAUAUGGAUGAUGAUGUGAAAAUGACACAGAGUAACACAAUCAUCAGGUACAUAGCUGGAAAAUAUGACCUUUUGGGCAAGACUAAGGAAGAGAAAGUCCUGUGUGACAUGAUGCUAGAAAAUGCCAUGGACUUCAGAAAUGGCACUGUUCGACUGUGUUAUAAUCAAGACUAUGAUCAGCUGAAGGGGGCCUACUUUGAAAGACUGUUGAAAGUCAUCCUUCCUUCGUUUGAGAAAUUCUUGGGAGCAAACGAUUGGUUUGCUCAUGGUGAUAAUGUAACAGCUUGUGAUUUUCCUAUGUACGAGCUACUGGACCAGCAUCGUCUCAUGAAACCUGAUUGCCUAGAGGACUUCCCAAAUCUAACAGCUUUCCUAAAGCGGUUUGAAGAUCUGCAACAGAUCAAGGACUAUAUGCAAUGUCCUCAGUUCAUCGCUCGUCCUGUUAACAACAAAGUGGCAAAGUUCAAAUAGACAUAUGGACUUAUAAGCUAAUCAGUAUUGAAGUCAGUGGAAAAUUCAUGCAGUAUUAGAAUUUUUUUUUUUUCAAAAUUGGUUAAAAUUUCUUUUUCAGGGUAAUAUCAAUGAUAUUAAUUUCUUCUAAAUAGUUUAUGUAGGUUGUUAACAUCGAAGUGUAUGGUAUAAAGAAUGAUGUGCAUGUUGUUAACAUCGAAGUGUAUGGUAUAAAGAAUGAUGUGCAUGUUAUAUGUGUAAGCAGAUUGAAUGACUAUGAAACAGACAGUUAGUGAUCAUAACGAAAUCACUAUCAUAUUUGUACCAUUAACCAUUCCUUCAGCACUUAUUUUGUUAUUGGCAAGCUUUAACACUGGCAUGGUGCUUACCUAGAGUGUAUACGCAGAAAUGCUGACAGUAUUUCAGGUAACAGGGAAAUUUCACUUGCUUUGUAUUAUUGUAGAUUAACUUUAACUAAUAUGCAAUGUUGAUUCUUUAUGAUGUUGUUAGGACCAAAAGGGUCAGAUUUGUUGGUAUGCUACAGAAAUUUACGUGUAUUUUUCAAAAUAAUUUUUAUAUUUGGACUAUGAUUAGAAAUUGCUUACAUAUACAUUUACUUGGAACCACUGUAACAAGGUAUACACAAGCUGCAUUUUAUGUUGCAGUUGUGAAUGUCUUUUGAAUUGGAACAUUAUAAACAAUCAUGAUUAUACAGAACAAGACUUGUCAAGUCUGUGUGACAGGUUAAACGAAAAAGAUAGAAGGAGUUUUAAGGAUAACAAUUUUUAAAAUUAUCUUUAUUCUAAAAAUGUUAUAUUUCUAGUAGUCAUGCAAUUUUACUUUGGUUCAAAAUCUAUUUUAUUAACCAAACAGUGUUGUUUAUACCCAUUAGAUUCAUUUGCAGUACCUUUGAAUGUUUUAUAGAAAAUACACACGGGCUUAGUAUUGUAUAGGUUUUUGAUGGUUCCUCAAUUCAAAUCAGUUCAUAAGUACAUAAGCUGUGGCACUUUAUAUCAUGAUUCUUUGCUAUUUGAAAGAAAUGCUUCUGUUAAAGUCUUUAUUAUCAAAGUUUAAUAAAAGUUGUGUGUAAAGCAACA